GCAAGCGCCAGUGCAGAAGUGGUACCGGACCCGCGAGUGGAGGAGCCCCCGCUGCGCUAUGACAUGCCGCCACCGCCGGAGACGGCUCGCAUGAGCACCCGGAACGUCUUCGAGACCUACAUCCGCAUGCCACUGGACCACUUCAAUCCGCAGAACUCGGACACGUUUAUGAUGCGCUACAUGUUCAACGAACAAUUCUUCGCCGGCCCAGGCUCGCCAGUCUUCAUCCUGGUGGGAGGAGAGUGGAACAUCGCGGCGGGGUGGCUGCUCGCAGGCAACAUGUUCGAGAUGGCUCGCGAGAACAGCGGCUAUCAGGUGUACACCGAGCACCGGUAUUACGGCGAGACUGUGCCUUACACAAACUUCACCACCGAAAACCUACGCUUCCUAAACGUCGACCAAGCCCUGGCCGACCUCGCCUACUUCAUCCAGAACAUGAAGCAAGCGCCUCAGUUCGCUGACAGCAAGUUUAUCCUCUACGGAGGCUCCUAUGCUGCCAACAUGGCGCUGUGGUUCAAACAGCGGUACCCACAUUUGGUCGAGGGGGUGGUAGCUUCGAGUGGACCGAUUAAAGGAGAAGUUGAUUUUACUGGAUAUUUGGAAGUAGUACACGACGCGUUUUACGCGGAAGGCGGCGAGCAGUGCAUAUCGACCAUCAGACAAGGCAUAUUGGACACCGCGGAAGCUAUUAAGACCGAGGAAGGGCGGCGUGAAUUAGAACAGGCCUAUAGGUUAUGUACGCCACUUCUAGACUACGAUGACGUAUACGAACUAGGGUACUUCUCCGGUCUGAUCAGCUGGAGAUUCUCCGGUAGCGUGCAGACGGCGCGGCCAGGCGACCUUCUAGCCAUUUGCAACAACUUUGCCGGAGAUAUUUACGGCACCACCCCGAUGCAGAAGAUUGGGGGUUACAUCGCCCAAACCGCUGGAUUGCAGUCUUGCUGGAUCAUUGCAUAUUCUAUACUGAUUAAUACCUACAGUAACCCUCGAUCAAACUCUCGAGCUUGGUACUACCAGACUUGUACAGAGUAUGGGUACUACCAAACCGCACCCAGAAGUGGCACAGUAUUUGAUCCCUUAAUAUGGCUCAGCGUCGAUUUCUACGUCGAAAUUUGCAAAAAGGCUUUCACAGAGAGAUUCGACGAGGAGUUCGUAUACGACGCAGUGGACCGAGUGAACCUGAUGUUCGGCGGGCUGGAACCGAACGUGAACAACACCAUCAACAUCCACGGCAACUACGACCCGUGGCACGCGCUGGGCGUGCACGAGCACGAUCUCAAGGAGAACUCGCCCACUAUCACUGUGCCUAGGGCAUCUCAUUGCUUCGACAUGCAGAACUGGUUGGCCACCGACACCAUCCGAAUGACGCAGACGAAGCAAGAAGUGCGGCGCAUCGUGGCUUCCUGGCUCAACUAGAGCCCUUCCUAGCACAACCCACCGCCAGUCAGAUACGCUUUGCCAUAGGGGAUAUUACUGCAAUGUUCUGCCGCCAGAGUGCAGCACUACCGACUCAGUAAAUUCAUAGACUAACUUAUACAUACUGUGCCUUAAACUGUUUUUUUGACAAGUUUUCCGAGCCUACCGGUAAACACGAAAAUCGAAAUGUAGUUAUCUGUCGGCCUAGCCAAGGUUACAAUCGCUAUCGCUUCGACAGCGAAAAGCUUUAUGUCUCUCUAUCACUCUUCCAUAUUAGUGCGACAGGGACAGAUGCGUUUCGAUCGCUACGGAGCGUAAUCGAUUGGCAUCUUGUCUAUGCGGCCUGCCUCUUUAUCGCUCGAAUAUGCAAGAGUGAUAGAGAUUAGAUAACGAAAUUUCGAUUUUCUUGUUUCGCGGUAGGCCAUGUGAUUGACGUCACGUGUAAUGUGACAGUGUGGUUUGUUUACUGUAUGUGCCACAAAGGUGCCACCUACGCAGAGCUUUGCCUAAUAUUCCCUAUUGUGCCGCAAGUUUUGUGACGUGACCACGAAAAUCACAUGACUGGAUGGAUAAACAUGACCAUUUUGUAUGCCACCACAAUGCCAAAAUUUAUUUAUGUCCUGUAGUGCGACGUAAUCUCUAAUACUCUUUUAGAAGUCGUAGUCGUAUUAAUGUUCAAUAUACAGAAAGAGUAAAAGUAAGUCUUGAAUACACAUUUCGGUGAUCUCUUUGUGAUUGACAAGUUUGUAUUACAUUAAUCAUAGUAUUUGGGUAGCGUUUUUUUAAAUAUGGAUCUUAUUCUGAUUUUAUUAAAGUAGAAAAUGGAAUGGUUAUACAACAAUUUGUCAAUCACAAACUAGAAAUUUAAUGAGUGAUUACAUCUUCACUUUCUAACUUGUUGUUUUCUUAAAA